UCCAAGGUUUCUUGUGUACAGAGGGUGUGCUGAAACUAUAGCCUGGUGUUCGCCAUUUCGGCUCAUUGAGCCGUAGUAUAUGGUACGCGAAGGUGAUUCAUUAUGUGAGCCAGAAUGUCGUCAGUUUCAUUACCACCACAAAUAAACCUUGGGAGGCUCCAGCGAGAGAAGCGGACCCGCCAUUUUCCUGCAAGCCAGAUCUAGCCCAUUUAAACCCAGUAGGGGAGGCGAAAUAGAGAGGAGAUAGACAGAGGGAAAGAGAGUGUGGAGAAGGAAUAGGACUAGGACUAGGAAUAGAAACAGGAAUAGGAAUAGAAAGAAAGAACCUAUCUAAAAAAAAAACAAGGGAUAUCUUUUCCAUUUAGCCCGGCGACAGUAUACCUUUGCGUACUGUUUUUCGGGAUAGUUGGACCAAGAGCCGCGGAUAUAUUGUUUUUUUUUUUCUCUUUUUUUGUGGUUUUUUUUUUUUUGGCCCCUAAUACGACUGGACCUGCCUGGUGGUUUUUUUUUUUUUUUUUUUUUUUAAGGUCAGGUGGUUGAACAGUGGAGCCGCCAGAGGAUAUUUGAAAAUAACAUUUCCUUAAAAAAAAAAAAAAAAAAAAAAAAAAAAAAAAAGAAGAUAUAUUCUAUAUUUUAUUCGAUAUAUAAAAAAAGACGAAGAUGUCGGGACAGAGCAUAACGGACAGGAUAACUGCAGCUCAACACAGUGUCACCGGGUCUGCCGUUUCCAAAACUGUGUGCAAGGCCACCACACACGAGAUUAUGGGUCCGAAGAAAAAACAUUUGGACUACCUGAUCCAGUGCACCAAUGAGAUGAAUGUUAACAUCCCACAUCUGGCCGACACAUUUUUUGAGAGGACUACAAAUGGCAGCUGGGUGGUGGUCUUUAAAGCUCUCAUCGCAACACACCACCUGAUGGUUUACGGCAAUGAGAGGUUUAUCCAGUACUUGGCUUCAAGGAAUACAUUAUUCAACUUGAGUAAUUUUUUAGACAAAAGUGGGUUACAAGGCUACGACAUGUCUACGUUUAUCAGGCGGUAUAGCAGAUACCUGAAUGAUAAAGCAGUUUCAUACAGACAAGUUGCUUUUGACUUUACAAAGGUGAAAAGAGGAGCUGAUGGGGUGAUGAGAACUAUGAACACAGAAAAACUGCUAAAAACAAUACCAAUAAUCCAAAAUCAGAUGGACACACUGCUAGACUUCAAUGUCAAUGCCAAUGAACUCACAAAUGGGGUGGUCAAUGCAGCCUUCAUGCUCCUGUUCAAAGAUGCCAUUAGACUGUUUGCUGCUUAUAAUGAAGGAAUUAUUAACCUGCUGGAAAAAUAUUUCGAUAUGAAGAAAAUCCAAUGCAAAGAGGGGCUUGACAUCUACAAGAAAUUCCUCACCAGAAUGACCAGGAUCUCAGAAUUCCUGAAAGUCGCUGAACAAGUUGGGAUUGAUAAGGGAGACAUACCAGACCUUUCUCAGGCACCUAGCAGCCUUCUCGAAGCUUUAGAACAGCACUUGGCUUCUUUAGAAGGGAAAAAGGUCAAAGAUUCCACAGCUGCAAGCAGGGCCAGCACUCUCUCAAAUGCUGUCUCAUCACUUGCAAAUACCGGCAUAUCUUUCACCAAAGUGGACGAAAGGGAAAAACAAGUGGCCCUGGAGGAAGAGCAGGCACGCUUAAAAGCACUGAAGGAACAGAGGCUGAAGGAAAUGGCUAAGAAAGGUCCAUCCUCCUCUGCCACAACAGCAGCCUCUCCUGUCUUGACCACCGGAGGGGGUAUCUGUACAACGCCCGCUAUAGACCUCUUCUCAACUCCCAGCUCCACAAACAGCUCCUCAAGGAUGCCAAAUGACUUGCUUGAUUUGCAGCCAGCAUUUCAAACAUCAAUGCAUCCGAUCGCAACUGUACCAGGAGCGAAUACAUGGGGAGAUCCUUUUACUUCUACUGAUGCUGUUGAUGACUCCAUUCCAAACUUAAACCCUUUCCUUACACAACCUGUUGUCGAAGCCUCUGUUGUGUCUUCAGACGCUGUUAGUUUUUCUUCUAGGACACCCAGUCAUGAAAUGUUUGGUGAUCAUUUCAAUCCCUUUAUUGAUUCAAGCUCCUCUGUUGCAACAAAUUAUGAACACACAGUUCGGAUAGAGCAAUUUAUAUCAGAUUCCUUUUGUGGUCCACCAGCUUACCCUAGUGCUUCCCUCUUCCACACUGAGCCCUCUGCUGUAGCUGGUCUAUUUGGAGGGUUCACUCAGUCUCCAGCUCCUCAGCCACAGACCUCAGCAGGCCUUAACGUUGACUUUGAUUCAGUGUUUGGCAAUAAAUCAUCUUCUGCUAAUAACCUAGAUGCUGGUGAUGUUUUAGGUGGAAUCCUGAAACCAACAGUGACUUCUCAAAACCAGAGUCUGCCUAUUUCCAAGCAGCAGGCUGGCAUAUUAGUGUCUGACGAUUUGGAUUCAUCGCUCGCCAACCUCGUAGGCAACUUGGGGAUUGGAAAUGGCACAACAAAAAAUGACAUUCAUUGGAGUCAGCCUGGAGAGAAGAAAUUAACAGGUGGAACCAACUGGCAACCAAAGCUUGCCCCGACCACUACCUGGAAUCCUGCAACUAUGAAUGGCAUGCGUUUCCCACAAUACGCACCUUCCGUUAUGGCAUUCCCUGCUACCACACCGACAGGAAUGAUGGCAUAUGGAAUGCCUCCUCAGAUGGGAGCCAUGCCUAUGAUGACGCAGCCAACCAUGAUGUACACUCAGCCCAUCAUGAGGCCUCCCAAUCCAUUCGGACCGGUACCCGGUGCACAGCUUUCCGCAGCUUCUAGUCCUUCCAGUCAAAGUCCUCUCAGAGCUCCGGAAAAGGACCCCUUUGCAGAGCUCUCUCUCAAGGAUUUCUUGUAGAGCGUCUUUAGAUGCAGUUCAUGUAAUCAAUCUGAAGGGAGUCGAUUCGUUCUAAAAAGACGACCAACGCUAAGCAGCAACUCUUUUCUUUAAGCAAACUUUACUUUGCUCUCUGUACUCUUCAGUGAGAAUUACUAAAUGGACACGUGAAGGAAAAAGGUGAAAUGGCAGUGGGAAGAACAUGAAACAAACAGUAUCUUGGUGGACUGAUGCAAACGUUGUAAUUCUUUGUGUCUAACACAGUAACCGUUUUAGCUGCUGUUAUUGCCCACGAUCAGUAUCACUCCUCCAACGUGACAACUGUCAAGAUAAAAAUUGUGGGGGGUGGGGUGGGGGGUGGGGUGGGGGGGUGUGGGGAUCAAUCAUGCAGUGCUUUUUCAUUCAACUCACAAAUUAGAAGUGCUAACUUUACAGGUAACUGGGUUUCAAUUUACUUUUAUUUUUUACUGUGUACUAAGUUUGCAGUAGACAUUCCUUGUGUAUUUUAUUGUUUGUUUGUAUUUAUUUAUGAUUAUCUGUUGAAAUAUAAACAAAAUACUACAUCAAAAAUACUUCCUUGUGAGUGAUUCAGGAUUAUACAUAGCUAUGGUUGAUUGUAUCUUUGAGUGACUGAUUUAAAAUAAAAGUUAAAUAAAAUAAAUUAACCACCUGUAAAAUUGACUGAUGGAGCACUAAAUAUUCUCUAAACUAGUUUUAAUCUUGUCUAGUACAGCUCAGUAGCUCAAUCUCACAGCCGUACGUUUGUGUGGGAAAUAGGGGAGAGAAUACAAUUUUAUUAAUCCACAUAGUCAAUUCUGUGCCUAGGAUUUUGCAAGGGAACAUUUAACUGACUAGCAAGCACUACAUUUGUAAUUCAGCAGUAAUGCAUUUGGGAAGGAUCUGUAUUGCUUUAUGCUUGGCAUGUCAUUAUUUUACAUUUGACAAUUAUAUGGCUGCCUUUCCAAACUAAAUGUGAAGAGUUGCCUUCAUGUUACGACCAUCCUUCUACUUAGUAGCACAUAAAAGUAGUCUCGACCAUUGCAGCAGAUGUAGAAGAAUAUGUACAUUUUCUUUGGUUGCCACCUUUGAAAAAUGGAGAAGAAAUUCAUAAGGGAAAUAGUUUCUUUGUAAAUUUUUAGUAAAGGGGUCCAGUUGAAUAUAAAGCUCAGGAGCACUGUUGAUCGGUGCUUUGUGUAUAUAUAAAGAAAAUCUGUCAAUUUGAGGGGCAUAGUUGAGAGGAUAGUCUGAAAGAUGAAGGCAAUUCUGUUCAUUAAUUUAGCAUAUUUGCUGCAUUGUCCUUGCAGAUUCUAUUUUUGUUUAUAAAAAAAAUGUAUGAAAGCAGAGAUGGGUUGAUUUUCAAAUAAAGUGCAGCUUCCAUAAA